UGGGGGUGGAGGCAUGUGCUGGGCGUGGACAAAUGAUCGGAGGGGGAGCUAAGAGAGUCUGGCAGACCAUGCACACUUCUGCUCCCCAUUCAAAGGACCCACCUGGCAAGGGGGCCCUCCUCUCUGAACAUCUGGGAAGAAACCCCUCCACCAGCUGCAGGAUGGGCCGCAGCAGAAGGAAGGUCAUCUGGGUCCUGUGCUCGUUGCUGCUGCUCCUUGAAGCCAGUUCUGCCAAGAACAUUUGGAAACGGGCACUGCAUGCGAGGCUGGCUGAGAAACCCCACGCCGAGGAAGUGGAGCCCCCGGUCCUUUCACUCACGAUGCCUGGCCCUGGGGCAUUUGAGACGGAGAUCUCGGACUUCAGCGGUCCAGCACUGCCUCUUGUUCAGAGACUGGGCAGGCACUCAGGACCAAGAGGCUCCUACAAGGCCCUUUAUAAGAAAGACGACAUGGCGCCCCCUCCUGUUGUAGAUUGGCUGGUCGAGCCGAAACCUCGAUGGCUUGGUGGCAACGGCUGGCUCCUGGAUGGCCCUGAGGAGGUGUUACAAGCAGAGACCUGCAGCACCACAGAGGACGGGGCGGAGCCACUCCUCUGUCCCUCGGGCUACGAGUGUCACAUCCUGAGCCCGGGUGACAUGGCCAAGGGCAUCCCCAACCGUGGGCAGUGCGUCAAGCAGGGCCCAGCAGAAGAGCCACUCCGAAGACAUACAGUUGACAAAAAAUAUCCAGAGGGUGACACCAAGAACGUGGCGGAACAUGGGAAAGGACAGCAGAGGCACGUUCAUUAAAGCAGUGGCGGCUAACUUGAAAGAACAUUCCUCACUUUCUGCUAAGCCUUGGACACAGUGGUAUAAGAAUGCUUUGAUCCUCAGAGGUCAUGCCCAGCUCAGCAGAGCACAGCCCCAGAGAUAUUGAGAGACAGGACACCCGGCUCUCACCCCCAGUGGCCUCCCUGGCUGGGUGACGGUGGGAGCCGCUGACCAGCGCCGGGUCCUGUUCUGUCAUCAUGGAAUGCAGCUCCACAGAUGCUACCGGGGAAGCAGGCACUGCCUUGUGAGCACGUGCGAAGCUCCUUCUAAGUCAGAGUUCCGUGUCGUGUAAUUUACAGCCUUAGCCCAGGCCUGACUCUGGUGGGCACGCACCCAGCCCUCUAGAGUCUCAGAAUAUAGCCCCGUUCUCCAAGUACAUUCACUCAUCAUAAAAUGAAGAUGAACUUA